UUCUUUCUCCCAUCAUCGUUCACAGUUCACACUUGGGGGAGAGAAUAAGCGUAACUCUCAUAGGCUUUUCCAUAAACACAUCAACCCUCAUUCUCUCACUCUCUCAUAGUUUUUCUCUUAAAAACAGGGUUGUUGUAAAUCACAUCGUUGAUCACUUUAUGUAAAUCACAUCGCCAUUAGCAGGAAUGGACAAGUAUGUGAUUAAGAGAAAGAGAACUUCAGAAGAGUUUUUUUCAUGUUCUAUUACUUCUGAUGGAACUGAUCCACAACAAGUAGCUUCAAUUUCAAGUACUCAAGUACCUUCGUCUUCUAGUGCUCAUGGUCCAAAAGUACCUUCUGCCGAUGUUCCUAGUCCACAAGCAGCGUCCACAGUUGUAGAUGAGGAGGUAUUGAGGUGGGAUAUUCAAACAGACCCUUCAAUGAGAAAACCAAUCUUAAGUUAUCAUCCAAAUGAUCAAGAUAAAGUCUGAAGAGCUUAUAUUCAAAGGGGUCCUUUCCAACCCAAAAAUUUUCCCUUUCCACAAAAGCUAAUGGGACAAAAGAAUCCAUCAAACCGACGUUUCAAUGAAGCUUGGUUUUUAAAACAUGGAAGUUGGAUAAAGUAUAACAUUUCCAAAGAUGCUACCUUUUGCUUGCCUUGUUAUUUUUUUAGAAGUUGUGGUAAGGGCAAAGGUGUUUGUGAUGCAUUUGUAAAUACAGGUUUUUCAAAUUGGAGUCAACCUGAUAAGUUAGAAAAACAUGUUGGAAACAUAAUAGUGUUCACAAUGAUGCCUAUAUGAAAAGCCGCGAGUUACUACAGGAGUCACAUCAUCUUCGGAAUAUCGUUAGACGUCAAACAACAGAAGAGGGUUUGGGGUACAUGAUUCGUGUGAAUGCAUCAAUUGACUGUAUGCGGUUUCUCUUAUGUCAAGGAUUAGCUUCUCGUGGCCAUGAUGAAUCUGAUACUUCACAUAAUCAAGGUAACUUUCUUGAACUCCUUAAAUACACAACUGAAUAUAAUGAUAGUAUCAAGAGUGAAGUUUUGAAAAAAUCUCCUGGUAACAACAAGCUAACAUCACCAGACAUGCAAAAAUAUAUUGGUGAUUCCCUUUUUGCCGUUAUGGUUGACGAGUCUCGCGAUGUAUCUGUUAGAGAGCAAAUGGCAGUUUGUAUACGUUAUGUCAACAAGGAAGGAUGUAUUAUUGAAAGGUUCAUUGGCAUCAUUCAUGUCCUUGAAACGACGACAAUUUCAUUGAAGAAUUCAGUUGAUGCAUUACUUUCUAAAUAUGGUUUAAAUAUAAUGAGAUUGAGAGUUCAGUGUUACGAUGGUGCUUCUAAUAUGCAAGAAAUGUUGGAGAUUGUAAGGCGAGAAGGUACUAGUGAAGCGAGGGGAAAAUCAUAUGAUUUUCUGAUUUUGAUGCCGACAUUUGAUUUUGUCUUUACUUUGUUUCUGACACCUUUCUCCGUGAUGUGCUUUCUAGUAACAAAUUUUUUGAGUUGGUUGGAAUCAGUGGGCUUGCCAAGAAAAUGGUUGAGACCAAAAGAUAUAGUAUAUCCUCAUGUUUACUUGUUGAUUACAUUGUCUUUGAUAUUUUCGGUUGCUACCGCUACCGUUGAGAGAGUGUUUUCCGCUAAGAAGAUAGUGAAGAAUCGUUUGCGAAGUCGUAUUGGUGAUGAGUAUAUGAAUAAUUGUAUGCUCACAUAUAUUGAACGAGAAAUUUUUCGCAGUAUCAGCACCGACAAGAUUAGAAAAGGAUUUCGACUUAUGGCACCACGUCGUGGGUAUUGUUGAAUAUAGUAAGAGUUGGGUUUUUUGGUAAAGCAUAUAAGGUGUUCUUUUGGGGUAACAAUGCUGCAUAGAAGGUGGUUUUUUGGGACUUUUGUGGAUAUUUGAAGCACUUCUACAUGAUGCAUAAAGACAUAAAUUUAUAGAAAAUGAUCAGAAAUUUUAAAAUUAACUAUCUAACGUGCCUCUUGUGGUGUAUAUUUUGUUGUUACUGAACACUUGGGGUUUAUGAUAAUGAAAAAUAUUUUUGUUA